AUGCAGGAUCAGAAACCACAGGCGGUGAAGUGGGUAGGCGGAUCCCAGGUGAAUAAACACAUACAGUCUGGUACAAGCAGCAACUUCAAAAGGCUGGGCUGGGUCUUGGCUGAGCCUUGGAGAGGGUGUAAUUACCCGACUACAAGGAGGGCGUUGAGGGCGGCUUGCAAGGGGCCUGUGAAUCAGCUGCUCAUUGGAAAAGUGGUGGCUGGCAAAGUCAGGGCAGGAGUGAGGACUCUGGCACCAGCCCCUGCAGCCCCAUCCUCCACCCCCACCAGGCACAGCUUCCAGAGUCCUGAGACUAGGGCUCAGGCCUGGCCCAGUCUACCCUGGGCCACCAAGGACAUGGGGAAGAUGCUCGGUGGAGAUGAAGAGAAAGACCCUGAUGCAGCCAAGAAAGAGGAGGAACGCCAGGAAGCCCUUCGGCAGGAAGAGGAGGAGAGGAAAGCCAAGUAUGCCAAAAUGGAGGCCGAGCGGGAGGUCAUGAGACAAGGGAUCCGUGAUAAGUAUGGGAUCAAGAAGAAGGAGGAACGUGAGGCAGAGGCCCAGGCUGCAAUGGAAGCCAACUCUGAAGGCAGCCUUACGCGUCCUAAGAAGGCCAUUCCACCAGGUUGUGGCGAUGAAGAAGAGGAGGAGGAAGAGAGCAUCCUGGACACCGUCAUCAAAUACCUCCCUGGUCCUCUCCAGGAUAUGUUCAAGAAGUAA